AGAGUGCACGAAAACGCUGUGAUUAGAGGUGGGAUAACUUUAUGGGAAAGUUUCCAAACCCCAGACACAGACAGAAUAAAACCCCUCAAGCCUCAAACAGGUCGUAAAGAUAACUAGUCAAAGCCUACACUGAUAUUAGGUCCUGGGUGUUCGUAGACUAAUGGCAAUCAAACAGAACUCUGCAGAGUUUGCAAGCCAAAUAACAACAGGUCUAAGAAGUGAUGACUCUGAAGGAAACAUCCAGGUUAACAAGUCGCCACUUUCUGGUGAGAUUACUGAUUAUUUGCAAGAAAGAAAGGAUAUUGAAGAUAUUUAUGUGCAUGGAAGGUGGAAAGUUAGGAUCGAAUCAAAGCUUGAAGCGCUCGAACCAGUAAUUUUAUCCAUAGUUUUACAAGCUUUUGAAAAUGCUAAACAUAUCCAUAAAAUGUUAGUUUAUGUAAAAUACAAUGGUUAUCAUAUAAAAGAUGUCGAAAUCUCAAAAACAAAAGUCGGUUACAAAGUGGUGUUUACACCUAUAACACCAGGGAAUUAUGAUGUGGAAUUAAUGAUUGAUGAGGUUACGGAUAAGCUGAACCUGCUAGUUCAACCGCAAGCUUUGAGGAUUAUCGGGGAAUUACUUUUGAGCGUACCGGUGAAGCACCCACGAUCAAUGGCAGUAAACAAAACCAACACAAAGCUAGCGUUAACAAACUAUACGUCACACAAUGUCGCUCUCUUCAACUUAGAGGGAGAACUGAUUGGAAAACUAGGACUGGAUGGAGUGAGGGACAGAUCCGGACGCAUGAAAUGGGAGACUUGUCCAUCUGACUUGGCUUUCAUUGACGAUGUUCACAUUGCAGUUUCUUGCGUCAAUAGCGAUAGAAUCACAAUUCAUGACACAGAUAGCGGAGACACAAUUAGAUCCUUCCAUACCGAUGGAAAUUGGGGAAUCGGAGUAGAUCCUGGAGAGGACCGAAUUAUUAUAGUAAAAGAUGUAUGUAACAAGCGAAUACAAGUUUUUACAAGUGAAGCAAAGUUUUUAUACUCGAUGGAGCUAGACGCUCUAGAAGAUGAUGUUCAUAUAUCUGGAAGUAUUUUUCACGAUAAGACAUUUAUUGUCUCUGAUUUACGGAAUCAUGUUUUAAGAGUGUUUCGUCAAAAGGGCCUGACCAUCUGCAAGGAGAGGAACAUAGGGCAAAGAGGGGGAAAAGAUGGUGAGCUGUGGCAGCCGCACGGGGUUACUGUAGAUAAAGAUGAUAAUAUCCUGGUUUGUGAUACAGGAAACCAUAGGCUUCACAAGUUCAAUAAAGAUGGAGAUUUUAUUGGGAAAAGCGACCUGAUCGAGGAGCCAUCGAUAAUCGUGUGUCUGAAUGACGGACGAUUACUAGUUCGUGAUGAAGAGAGGGAAACAAUUUUUAUUAUCAAGUGAAUAUAAGAAUAAAUCUAUGAGCAAGUGGUUCAGUAUUUAACAAAUAAAUAAAAAGAGCAAGGUUGGG